CGCAUUUCAAAUCAGGUUUUUGUGUUGAAUACAUGUACACAGUUUGGGAAUUACCUCGAACUAUUCUUAGUCACACCGUAUACUAGUACAGUAGUACCUCUGUAGUAAGCCUAGCCUGCAUGCUGUACUUCAACUUGAAAUCUGCUUCCUUUAUUUGUUUCUCCAACUUUUCCAUAUUGCUUGUCGGCCAAAUACUUUUUCCGCACCAAGUGUCAAGAAGUUUCAUGACUCGUAUCACCCUACAGUAGCAGACAGAGAGAUGGUUAGCUUGGAAUAGACAAGUAGGAUACCUCUCUGGUCCGUACGGAGCGCUUUGGCAGUCCAAGAUCGCAGUGAACACAGGCGACUGGUGUGUAAUGCCUGGGAACAGUCGAAUAUAGAACCCAGUGCAAGAACUCUCUACCCAGCUCUACUGAAGUGGCGUACAUGCAGCACAGCUGGCAGCCUGGCAUAUGCACUGAAAUGCGUUAGUCAUCUGAGCAGCGUCAUGGAGGCGCACAGUGCAGUGAACGUAGAAGCUUUAACCUACUCUCUGCGAUCCCUGCCGUUCAUACUCGCACUCUAUUUUGUCGGCUUGCUGCUAUGGCGAUACCGAGAGCACAGGCUGCGGCACCCGUCGCAGCACCAGCAGCCGCACCGGAAAUCGAAGAAGCGGCGAAGAGAGCAGAAUCCGAUACCCAGCAGCCAUGUUAGCCCUGUGCGCAAAAGAGUCACAUUCAAGACUCUGCCGAACGGAAAUCUCCUGGACGUGAGCGUGUCAUCGGCAGUGCCUGCGUCUUCCGUGGACCCACACUACUCGGAGCUGCACCAUCUUUGCAAGGGAUGUGGUCUUGUACCAGCUAAGACAGGCUGCAGCUAUGGUUAUUGUCGUCCAUGCUGUGUUGCCAAGCCCAUGUCUGUCUGCGCGCCUCACAACACUGGCGCUCGCGUGGCCGAUAUGCUCCUUGACGAGUCCAUACAGUUCCCGCCUUCCACACUCGACUUCAGCUAUCAGCAUUUGCGUUGGUGUCCACCUAGAAUCGGAGAUAUCGGCAGCAGUCUGACGAGCCUCAAUCUGUCCAAUAAUCGUCUGAGGUCAAUACCGUCUGAGAUCAGUAACCUUUUCAACCUUGAAGAGCUAUUUCUGCAAUAUAAUCUUCUUGAAGAGCUCCCGGAUUCGGUCUGUUCCUUGGUUGGGCUGGCAGAGCUGGACUGCAAAAAUAACCUGCUGAAAAGACUACCAGAAUCCAUUGGCAACUUGGAACAGCUGAUCAUCCUGAACACGACCAACAAUGCACUGCGCGCUAUUCCGGAAUCCAUUCGCCAUCUCACUCUCCUCGAAGAGCUCUGCUUACAUGCAAACAAUAUCACAGAGCUGCCAGAUGGGUUCUGUGAGCUAACUAGUCUACUGUCGCUGUACAUUGGCAACAACCGAUUGCACCGCCUGCCCAGAGAGUUCGGCAGCCUUCGCCAGCUAAAUGAGCUGGACCUCAGCGACAACGAGCUGGCAUUUCUGCCCGAGUCUUUCGUCCAGUGUACCGCUCUGGAACGCGUAUGGUUGUCGAAGAACAGGUUAAAAUGUCUCCCGACUCGCAUCGGCUGGCUGUCUCGCCUAAGUGAGCUGCAUAUCCAGGACAACGAGCUCCGCUAUUUGCCGCUGUCAUUACAUCGACUUCGGCUUUAUACCCUAACCAGUAGCGGCAAUCCAUUCCUGACCAACUGGAGCAAGGUUGCUCUUCGUAAACUGGACUUCAAGCCAGUCGAUCCCUUCCCCAGCCUUCAAGAGCUUGCAGCACGUGCUAUGACGAAGAGGCUAGCGCCACCGAAGAGGGGAGAGCUGCCAUCACUGCUCCUGGACAUGCUGGAGGAUGUGAAAUGGUGCACUAACUGCGGUGGUCCAUACUUUUGCUUCUCCCAGCGCCGCAUCAUCUUCUGCACGGUUGCGGUCUAUUAUCGGUUACCCCUCCUCGAAGAGCUCUGCAGUCCACAUGGCAGUCGCAGGUGUAGACCAUUCCGCUCACAGGACUAGCAACCUUUCACGAGCUCUCCUUGUAAACCGUCCUGUGAGCUGCCUCGCUACUUCGCUGACAGUGCGUUUCACGUCUUCUCCUAAAAAAGAACCAGGUGUCUUAGGACAGACACGGAGUCUGAUUAUUUUUUUAUUUUAUUCGAUUAGUUGCAACUCCUCUAUCAUCAGGGAAUGCUGCAUUGUGUGCCAAGUCUGUAUUCAAUUAUGUUGUCCAGUUGCCAACACAAAAGUCUGAUUUAUUAGGUGCUCGCCUCCCUCCCUCCCCAAGAUUUGAAAAGAUGUUGCCAGUACCGUUCCUAUUAUCCGCCUUGCAAGUGGUGAUCACUCUCUGAUGGGAAGUCUUACUUUCUAUUAUACUGCUAGUAAUGCCAAGAUAUGUUUUACUCCAGUAGACACACUGUUCUGGUCUCUCAUGCAGCAAGUAAGCACAAGGCUGCAGGUUUUUAAAUAUAAAUAUUAUGUUCUUGUCAUCGCUGUCUGCUACUCCCCUCUUUUUUUUCUCUCUCACGCACACACACACGCACGCACGCACAAGUACACAAACUCCAUACCUAUCUAGCAAUGGAGAAGGAGUGUGCCGAAUAUUGUAGGGUGUUGUUUUUAAGUACGCUAAUUUAAUUUCCCUUGAGAGAACUGGUCUUGCUGAGAUUCUUCCGAAUUUGUGGCUUUUUCACAUGCUUUUUAUUCUUAUAUUGUUCUACCCGAGCA